AUGAGCGGGUCGAAUGUUGACGUGCCGUUAACUGAGCAUUCUUCGGCGCAUCUGACCUGUCCAAAUGACGGCUUAUCUGCUGCUGGCGAGGACAAUUACCCUGUCUCCGAAAGCGACAAAGUUCCCGACAAAGCUCACGACGUCGCUAAGCAAACAUCAAAUCCCCCUCUGGCUCUGACACUGCAGUCCCCAGUGGCUCGAGGAGAGCCAGUUGGAUCAGGAAGCAAUCUCGAUUCUUCUCAUGCAUCCAGAGGUCAAUUGCCUGAAGUGGGGACUUUCCCCGGAGGAAGCACUGCACGGUCGCAGCCCUCAUUGAGCUCGCAAGGGAAUAACUUGACUCGAGGCCUUUCCUCACAUAAUCUUUUCAGUGGGCAAGAACAUGAUGUUGCAUCAAGUUCAGGGACUCAGCGCUCGCCCCAGUUAGCCCGCAGUCACAAAAGAACCGCGACUGGUGAAAUUAAGCCCUCGAACACAUCAGUAGCACCUCCUACCCCCGGAACGAUUAGCGCGGAGAGGCAUCCAGCUGAGAGUAUCGGCUGGCGCUCGCGUGGAAGUAAGAUCGCUGCGACUCAGUUGUCCGUUCACCUUCGUACUCGUUUGUCUUACGCUGCAGCCAAGAUAGAGAAAAGCAGGCAAUCUCUCGACGCGCAGGGGAAACUGCCAUUGGAUUUACUACAAGAAAGCUCCUCCACUCCACCAGUCAUUGUCAGAAGUCCACCAUACGCUGAUGGGGCUGAUGGUUCGCGCCGGCGAGACAAGGACUCUCCAAACGGUUCGCCAGUCUCCGCGCCAGAUAUGCCUAUCCAGUCCAAUCUCUUCCCUCGAAACACACGGCUCUCACCUGCAGCCCGGUCAGACGAUCUAUCAUCUGUUUCCCCAUCAAGAAACUCGCCCGGAUCACCAUUCUCAUCUAAAAGAAUAUCGGCAACACCGAGACUCGCACCUCCCGCAGAUAUUGUUCCAAGUGGUAGUAGCAGCUCCCGCCGCAGGCGGCCGAAUCCAAAUCAAGCACUUGAAGCUUCACGCUACAUCUCAUCAUUUGAUGACAGGCAGCAUCGUUCUCAGCAUGGAACUACUGAUGGUUCACAGAAGAUUCUCGUUCCGGGAACGCCUCCCCUCCAAUCGUUAUCUCAGCCGACAUCGACGCCGUACAACGGCCUGUCGAGGCAGUCAACGCAUUCGCAAAAUGCAUCAAUGGAACAAGACGCCAUUGAAACCUUAUUAUUCAUGUCCAGUCCUGGUAAUUCAGCUUACCACCCGGGUUCCCAGAGACAGCAAAGUACUUCGCACAUCAGCCAAACAUCACUAAGUACAGAAACGAGCACCAGCGGGAGUCGGUUGCAAGACCCUCAGGCGGCUGGGGAAGAUCAUCGUCGGGCAGGUCAAGCUCGCUACUUGGAAGCGCAAGCGGGGGACGAGAUUGAUCGCAUGCUUGACCAGAUGGAAGAUAGCGACAGCGAUAACGAAAGGAAACCUAUAUACCGUUGA